GUGCUCCUGACUCUACAUACACACACACACACACACACACAUUCUUUUAUAUAUUAAACUUCUGACGAUAACAAAAAUCUAGCGUUCAUAUAUGCGUAUACUAGAAUGCCAAAAGGAGGUCAUAGGGACCUUGUUAAACCCAUCUAAGCGUUCCGCUACAGAACGCAAGCGUGCCUACCUCUUCGUCGCGGUGUACAUUGUGAGUUUUAUCGCCUUCUGCUGCCACCUUCUCCAUUUUAUUAGUGGCUGGAUCGCUCUCUUAUUCGUCCAAAUGGCACAGAUGAUCAUCACCAUCAUAUACUCGUUCAGCAUCUAUGACUAUGGCGAUAAACAGACUAGUGCGAUGGAGUGUGAACGCACUUGUAACCCAUUGUUGGAUGUUUACUUGGUUGUUCGUAUAUUCCAAAUAGUACAGGCCGUGUGGCUUGGAAGUUAUCUGUCGACCUUUUUUUUCGUAUCGGCCUUCAUCUUUUUCAUUUGGCGUCUGAGGAAGGGCGGUCAAUAUGUUGAUGCGACGAGUUUGUGGAGAGAUCUGAAAAAGCACGAGGUUGAGAGCUACAUCAACCUUGCGAUGGAUAUCGCGCUAAUUGGUGCAGUUCUCAUAACUAUGAUUUUUUCUAUCAUAAGUAAGUAUGAUUAAGCAAUAGAUAAGAUAAUACGGGCAAUUGUCAAGUAGUAUUGGUAUGCGGUUGUAUUUGUUCCAUUGUAAAACUAUAUUUCACUGGAGAUUUACUGUGGUCGAAAAUUAUUUGCUGUGCUUGUCCCAAUUUUGAUAUUGGGUAUUUGAGCCAACAAAUGAAACGCAUCAAUCUUUGUAAUAAAAAUAAUAUUUGUAUUAAAAAAAUGUUCGUAUUCUUCAAUUAUAUAUAUGCUUAUAUAUUGAUGGAGAAAUUUCCUUUUGAAUUCGUCUCAAUUAA